AUGCAAGAAAUCUUCCCCGAGUUAGGGCUAGUGAGAGAAAACUGCAUCGAAGCGAGCUGGAUCCAAUCCACCUUAUUUAGCAACCAAAUGCUGAUAGAUCAACUAGAUGCUCUGCUCAACCGGACUCAGCCCGGUCUCAGACAGCUCAAAGCCAAGUCGGAUUAUGUUCGGACGCCCCUUCCGUUGAACGUGAUAGAGGACAUGGUGAGUAUGCUACGUGAACCCGAUGCAGACGAGACUAACUACUGCAUGGUUCCAUAUGGUGGAAUCAUGGAAGAGAUAUCAGAGUUAGAGACUCUGUUUCCUCAUAGAACAGGUGCGCUUUACAAACUUGUCGGACUGACUUACUGGCAAGACUUAGAGGCGGGGGAUACGGACCGUUACAUAAGCUGGAGUCGAAGGUAUUACGAAUACAUGACUCCGUAUGUGUCAAGCUCGCCCAAGGAAGCGUAUUUCAACUACAGAGAUCUUGACCAUGGAGUCAAUAAUGUUGUUGGUGACACGAGUUAUGAACAAGCGAGUAUUUGGGGGAAGCCGUAUUACAAGGACAAUUUUGAUCGUCUUGUUCGGGUGAAAACCGUAGUUGAUCCGGGGAACAGAGUGUAG